ACGAAGGCUCAGUCGGGGGCGCGAUGGGCUCCCAGCAAGAAGGAACCGGGAGCGGGCGGAGGAGGGAGGCCGGUCCCGCUGCCGGCCUUUCCUGCCCGCCGCGGCGGUUCACCUGGGAGGAGAUUGGGCUGCGCACUGGCCAGAGAGACCAGCCACGGGAGCGCUGGCUGGUGAUUGACAGGAAAGUCUAUGACAUCAGCCAGUUCUACAGGAGGCACCCAGGGGGCUCCCGGGUCAUCUGCUGCUACGCAGGGCAGGACGCCACGGAUCCUUUCACAGCAUUUCAUGUUGACAAGACUCUAGUAAGGAAGCAUAUGGCACCACUUUUGAUUGGGGAAUUGGCACUUGAUCAGCCCAGCUUUGAACCUAGCAAAAAUAAAUUGUUAGUAGAAGAUUUUCGGGAGUUGCUGUCCACUGUUAAAAAGAUGGGACUCUUCAAGGCAGACCAAGUCUUCUUUUUCCUGACCCUUCUGCAUAUUUUACUGCUGGAUGCUGCUGGCUGGUUUGUCUUGUGGUAUUUUGGGACAUCUGUAAUGCCUUUUCUUCUUGCCACAGUGUUGCUGACCUUUGCUCAGUCUCAAGCAGGUUGGCUACAACAUGAUUUGGGACAUCUUUCGGUCUUCAGCAGUCCAAAAUGGAACCACCUUCUUCACGAAUUUGUGAUGUGCCAUCUAAAGGGCCUUUCAGCUAAUUGGUGGUCUUUGCACCAUUCCCAGCAUCAUGCGAAACCCAACUGUUUCCAGAAGGACCCAGAUAUUUCAUUUCAUCCCACCGCUUUUUCGUUAGGGGAGCCUCUCUCUUUGGAGCUGGGUUUGCAGAAGAAGAAAUACAUGCCUUAUAACUACCAGCACAAGUAUUUUUUCUUCACAUUGCCACUAAUUGUAACCCUAGUUUUUCAAGCUUACUCAUUCUACUUUAUACUCCAACGCAAACUCUGGAGGGAAUUAGCAUGGUGUAUGGCAUAUUUUGUCCGAACCUUUAUUGCCUUCACCCCCAUAUUGGGAUUCAAGGGUGUUGUGGGACUCCUCCUUCUUCUGAGUAUUCUUGAGGGUAUCCUAUUUAUAUGGAUAACACAGAUGAGUCAUAUUCCUAUGCACAUUGAUCGUGAUAAAAACAAGGACUGGUUCUCUACACAGCUUCAGGCAACAUGCAAUGUGAAUCAAUCUUUUUUCAAUGACUGGGUAACAGGGCACCUGAAUUUUCAGAUUGAGCACCAUCUCUUCCCUACAAUGCCUCGACACAACUUUUGGAAGGUGGCUCCUUUGGUGAAGGCCAUGUGUGCCAAACAUGAUAUUGAAUAUCAGUCAAAGCCCCUCUUCACUGGCUUUGCUGACAUUGUGCGUUCCUUGAAGGUUGCGGGUGAAAUCUGGUUCAAAGCAUAUCAUCAUGAACAGAAAAUACAAAAUCCUAAAAUCUGCCUUCAAUAAGGGAAGAAAGGUGAAGAGACAUGGUGGAUCUGAGAAGGACCUGGCAUAGGCUUCUGGCAUUGGAAACCUAAAGUAAUUUGUGUAUGAAACAGACUGCUGGAGAGACUUUUUGCAUGUUUCCUAAUGAAUAUAAGCACUGCAAGCAGCACAUCUUCUCUUUUCUGCUUCUGGAUCUUGGGCGCAUCUCAAAAAUUUUCAUAGAAUUGCUUUGUUGUUGUUGUUGCUGCUGUUGUUACAGUUAAUACCCCUUUCGCAAGGGUCAUGAAAAUAAACUUAAUAGCUUUUACAGUGGAUCCUAGAUUAGGGAAUGAGAUUAGGCCACAUUAGCAGGUGUAAAACAUACCUCAGAUGCUAGGAAACCAAUCCACAUUUCUCCCACUUCGUCUUCACCAUUUGGAGAUUCCAUAUUAUUUACCUAAUGCCUAUCUCACCCAGAGCUUCCAAUACUAGUAGAAAUAGUACUGUUUCCUCCUCCCUCGUUAAUAAAAAAGAGAAAAACCACCAAACAAAUUAUGUAUCUCGCUAAGAUGUCCAUGCAUGCCUGUAUUUCUCUGUGAUUCUCCAUUCUAGGGGCUUCUCCCUGUGCUGGGCAGGGUGAUGGAAAUACAAGCUGAGAAACAGGGGGUAUGGCAGGCAGUCUUGCCGAUGGAAACCCAGAGCACAGGAGAAAUGCGUGAUCAAGUCAGUGCUGAAAUGACAAACAGAAAAAGAACCUGGUUUUAUGAGAGCGCAGAGGAAGUGGCAUUUUUCAGUGUUUACAGCAUGCUGACAUGCCAGAACGGCUUCAAGCCGGCCUCAUGAUAUGGCCAGGGGCAUGUCCAGCAGCAGAUACAAGGUAUAAUCCUGGUGGUGUAAGGCUCGUUAUAAACACAGGCUUGUUUGUGGGUGUGUUUUUUUUUAAUGUCCAUCCAGAAUGAGAAUAAAUGGUAUAUUGGAAGUAAGAAAAACCUGAAAUCAAGCUAAUCUGAAAAGUAGUAGCAGGGUGAAUAAUUCACUUUGGAUUAAGAGUAAACCACUAAGAGACCAGAGACAGAGAAUUUGUAUUUUGUGUAUCCAUCUGGAACACUUUUUUGAAAUUAAAUAAUACAGUUAUUAAAAUGGGCAACAGGAAAGAGUUGAAAGCAGAAUCCUGUGCAUUUAUGCAAAAGUAGCACAAUUCAAUGAAGCUUACUCCUAGAUAAGAUGGCAAUCCGAAACCGCGCAGCGGGGUGAGCUCCCGUUGUUAAUCCCAGCUCCUGCUCACCUAGCAGUUCGAAAACAUGCAAAUGUGAGUAGAUCAAUAGGUACCGCUUCGGCGGGAAGGUAACGGCGUUCCGAGUCGUCAUGCUGGCCACAUGACCCGGAAGUGUCUAUGACAACGCCGGCUCCAAGGCUUAGAAACGGAGAUGAGCACUGCCCCCUAGAGUUGGAUUCGACUGGACUUUACGUCAAGGGAAACCUUUACCUUUACCUUUACCUUUACCUUUACUUAGUUCUUCUUUAAACACUCUUAAGUUAUUCAUAAUUUGUUAUUUAGAAUUCUGCACAAUGCAUUAUACCACCAAGAUAUCAGAAUACAUGGAAAUAUAUGUACUGAUGUAGUUUGCAUGCAUUGUGUAUUAAUGUCAAUAAUAAUAAUAAUAAUUUGAAAAUCAAAUGAAA